AACACUCGAACUUUCCUGGAAAUACAAAACUGUCAAAAAAAACCCAAUCACAGGGACUAAAUUUAGUUCUUGGGCUUUAAUCGAAUUGCUAAACAAUCGCGAAAAAUGUUUGCCAAAAAUAAACUGGCGCUCAAUAAAGGCUGACAAACGGCCCAUCAUCAAUUAUAAGGCAACAAUUGUACGCCCAUUAAAAAGAAAGAAUGCCAAAACAAAAACAAAAACAAAAAUGAAAUACGACAUAAAUAUCUGUUACUUAUAAAUAAAAAGCAGAAAGUUUAAACACUGACACCGGCUGACAGUGGCGUUGGCCACUUAAUCAAAAUUCAGACAUGGGCAAACAAUUCGCAUUCAGUUCUGGCCCAGAUAACAAAAAUUAGCCCCAUCGCCCCGGCAAGUGGCAGAAAAGCCCCAACUUAGAGCCUGCCUACAGUGGCGAUUUAUGUGCUCUCUAGAUAACAACUGGCGAAAUUGCCUGUACAAGUAUUAAAAGCGCCUCACUAUUAAUAUAAUAACUUAGUAAUAUCUAUUAGCCAGAAGCGUACGACGUACGUCCGCGAACUUGUCGCGAAAUAGUUGUCAGUGCGAAGGCCCAGCGACUGGCCGUGAAAACGCAUAGCUCGAAAAAAAACGUAGAAAAUAUAGUGAAAGCUCGUGAAGUUCGCGAUUCAAAAUAUGGAUAUCCUUUCGGCUCUUUUGGGAUUAUAUUCAAUUGGAUUUGUAGCAGCAGCCAGCCUGAAUAUGGAUUUAAGCCAACAACAGCUGCAGUUGGUCGGCAAUGGUUCAUAUAGCACCGUUGAUGCCAGCCCCAACUUUAACGUCACGCUCAAUCUGACCGACAGCAGCUGCCCCUCACUGUUGAACGCGGAUUCCUUAAGCCAAACGGAGCUGGUCACCCGCCUCACAAGCAACUGCCGAUAUGAUCGCCUGGAGCCGCCCAUUACAGUCAAUGCUACCGGCGAUAUUGUGCCACUUUCUGUAAACGCGCGUUUUUAUAUCUAUGCGCUAAAGGAUCUAGACUCGAACGACUUGCAGUUCAUGCUGCAGGGAUUGCUGCAGAUGCGCUACAACGAUUCCCGCCUGGCCUUUGCCAACUAUGCGCCAAACCGCGAGCAGCCCAUUGUGGGUGAUGGUAGGCUGAGGAAUAUGCUUUGGGUACCGCACGUAUUUCUGGCGAAUGAGCAGAGCUCCAAUGUGCUGGGCACCAACGAAAAGGAUCAGCUGACCACUAUCUAUCCAGAUGGCACGGUGCUCCUCUCGACGCGCAUACAGGCUACGUUGUACUGCUGGAUGAACUUCCAAAAGUUUCCGUUCGACGACCAGAAAUGCACCACAACACUGGAGAGCUGGAUGUACAACACUUCGAUGCUGCAGCUGCACUGGGAGCCCACAAAUCCUGUGAGCUUUCACUCUCAGCUACAGCUGACAGAAUACGAUCUGUACGGCUGGGUGACCAAUGAGUCCAUCACCAUAUCAGACACCUAUACCAUGUCACAUGGCGCUCUGAUAGGUAACUACAGUGCGCUGAGCUUUAGUGUACUGCUCAGCCGUGAGGUUGGCUACUAUGUUAUAGACUAUUUUGUGCCCUCCAUGAUGAUAGUGGCCAUCUCGUGGGUAUCCUUCUGGCUGCAGGCAGAUCAAACUCCGGCACGCUCCAUGCUCGGCUGCUCUACUUUGCUCUCGUUCAUCACGCUCUCGCUGUCGCAGGAGAACAGCCUGUCGAAGGUCAGCUAUGUAACCAUGUCGGAGGUGUGGUUCCUUGUCUGCACCGUCUUCAUCUUUGGCAGCCUCAUGGAGUUCGCUUUCGUGAAUACCAUUUGGCGAAGAAACAACAAUCUGGAGCUAAAGAAGCGCACCACGAAAUACAUUGUGCGUUCCACCUUUGUGCCCAAACUGAAGCGCAAUCCGCGCAGCUUCAAUCGCAGCACAAGCACAAUGAGCAGCUGCAACAAGGUAUGUGGGAGCAAUCCAAAGAACACAGUCAUCACCAUCGAGACGCCCAUCAUCAUAGGCGAUGGCCUGAGCAGAGAGAACUCAGCGAUAAGCUUGGAGGAGACUGAUACCAGCAUAAGUUCCGGCUCCACAGCAACGCUGACUGAGACGCCGAACGAGAAGCCGGCGCAAACAUUUGCGACAAUGACGCCCAAGGAGGUGUCGCUGUGGAUCGAUCGCAAGAUGCGCUUCGUCUUUCCCCUCGCAUUCCUCAUAUUCAAUGCGCUCUUCUGGACGCUGGUCUACUGCCUCUGACCGAUUACCGUAGGGAAUACAAUGCUCAAAGUCCAAAUACGCCAACUCAGGAGCAGGCGGAACUGUGCUGUGAUGAUGCCACAAAUCGUGUUGAAAUUUAACAGUUUUGUCUAUAGCGUUUAAGUAGUCUAGUCUUUAAUAUCUAAAGUUGAUGUGUCAUAUAGUCGUUUAGUGUUCGUAUUUAUGGAUUUUAUAUUAAAUACAAUUUGUAUACUCGA